GAGAUCAGCAUGAGGGGGUGGUGAAAUCAAUUGAAUCCUUGAAAUAAUAAUGUUUAUUAAGGUUAUGGAUCUUACGGACAGUGAAAAGGGGGAAAAAAAUGUUUUUAUGGACUCAUCACAUGUCCAACCCAACCCAUCUGGGGAAUCUUGGAGAAACCCUGCGAUUUGUGAUGUCAUGCGUCUGUAUCUGGCGAUUCAUAUAUACUAGCUGUUGAUCCCCUUUGGCUUUUCGUUGUCAGGCACCAGAGAGCACAGGCACCACAGCCAAAUUCAAAAACUCCUCCUCACGCAAUCUAAUCAAAGAAGCUUCGUGGUAACGCCCUUCUGCAUCGGCGCCUCUCUCUCUCUCUCUCUCUCUCUCUCUCUGCUCCCUGCGGCAGCGCUUUUCUUUUUCCAUCGUUGAAGCGCUUUAUUUUGUUUUUAUCUAGAAGGUUUUCUCAUCUGGGUCAGAGCUGAAUCGCGGUUUUUGGCUAUGAGGAAGAGGGAAAGAGAGAACCCUUGUGGAGUUUGUGGCCACUAUCACAAAUACGAAGAAGGGGAAGUCUGUGGGAUAUGUGGUCAUCGUGUUCCCGCUACAUCCGAGAAAACUUCCUUGCAAGUUAGUGCGUUUCCUUCAGAGAUCUUGCCAGAGUUUCUCUAUUUGGGAAGUUAUGACAACGCUUCACGGUCUGAACUUUUGAAGACUCAAGGAAUUUCUCGCGUUCUUAACACUGUGCCUGCUUGUCAAAAUCUCUACAAGAACUCCUUCACUUAUCACUGCCUCCAAUACGACAAGACGUUACCAUUUGAUGACGCUGUUGAAUUUCUAGAUCAAUGUGAACGAGAUAAGGCUCGUGUUUUGGUGCACUGCAUGUCGGGAAAAAACAGGUCUCCAGCUAUUGUAAUCGCGUUCUUGAUGAAAUGCAAAGGAUGGAGACUUGCUCAGAGUUACCAGUGGGUGAAAGAGCGGAGGCCAUCUGUUGACUUAACUGAGCCUAUCUAUCAGCAGCUGCAAGAGUAUGAGCAGAAGGUUUUUGGAUCAACCGAAAACGCCCUCCCAACCUUACCAAUCUUCCCUCCUGUUGGUCUGCCUUCUUUUAGCUUCGGCUUCCCAAAGACCUGCGACCCAGUUCCCACAACUCCAUUCAACACCAUUGGUGCAACAUCUAUCUUCUCCGCCCCCAACAUAGACUUACCUUCUCACGAGUUCACGUUUGGCGCUGGCCAGACUCAAACUAGUUUCUCCGCAAGCCCCUUCGGCGCAAAUCCAAGAAACUCAACCAGCAGCAACAUCCAAAUGGACAGUGCUUAAAACUCACUAGUCGCCAUCUUAGUAGUUUUUU